AUGUAUUGCCGAAUGCGAGCAUCCUGGUCUCUUGUGCGGGCGCACGGGAAUGGACUCAGUUUUCGCACUAUCUACACAGAGUCAGAAGAACUGCUUUCGAAUCUACCAAAGCCCAAAACAUCAACCACGGGCGUUGCAUCCAGGUCGAAAUUUGCCAAGAACACGAGACAGCCACAAGCAAUCGCUCCUUUGAACUCAAAACCGAAAAAAGCACAAACACAAGCUCAACCCCAACAGAACAACCGAGCUCAGGGCCAGGCUCAAUCACAAAGGUCGAAAACAGGACAUGCUAAGCAAGUUCCUUCAAGAUUCACAAAAUCUACUCAAUCUAUAGGAGAUAUGAAUACCAGGAAGAGUCAUGUUAUCGGUGAACUGAACAGGGCAAAAUUCAUUAAUCCGAAUGCGCCGAAAGCUGCACCUCAUGCAUCACCUUCUCCACCUCCACCAGCACCCGCAGGAUCCAAGUUCAAAGAGAAAAAGAAUGAACUGCGCAAUUUGGCCAGGAAUAUGAUGACCAAACAUGAAACAGAGUUAUCUGUUAAACAAGAGAAGGAGAGAAAGAAGAAAGCCAAACUGGAUGCCCAAGACGAGGCUAAUGCCAAAAAUAAAGUGCCUAUAGCUGUUCCUCGAUUCUUAUCUGUAUCGAAUUUUGCUACCAUUCUAAAGGUAAGAACCGACGACCUGCUAAGACGACUUUCAGAUCUUGGAUUUGAAGAUAUGAGUUACAAUUAUAUUUUAGACGCCGAAACUGCAGCUUUGGUGGCAGACGAAUACGGAUUUGACGUGACUAUGAGUGACGAUCAAGGAAUGGACCUUUUCCCAGGACCUAUAGUGGAAGCAAAGUUAAAGCCCAGACCACCUAUAGUCACAAUUAUGGGUCAUGUGGAUCAUGGGAAAACCACUAUUUUGGAUUAUUUGCGCAAAUCCUCCAUAGUCGACAAGGAGUUUGGUGGUAUCACGCAGCAUAUUGGAGCCUUCUCUGUUCUUUCACCUCAUUCCAAGAAGCAAAUCACCUUUCUUGAUACUCCUGGCCAUGCUGCAUUUUUAAAGAUGCGCGAACGUGGUGCCAAUAUCACGGAUAUAAUUAUCCUGGUAGUAGCUGCUGACGAUUCAGUGAUGCCACAGACGAAAGAGGCCAUAAAACAUGCAAAAGCUGCCAAUGUCCCCGUUAUUGUUGCGAUUAACAAGUGUGAUAAACCUGACGCAAAGCCUGAUAGAGUUGUCGCGGAUUUGGCCACAGGCGGUAUCGAUGUGGAAGAUUAUGGUGGAGAAACCCAAACCGUCAAGGUAUCUGGAAAAACAGGAUUGGGAAUGGAGGAACUUGAAGAGGCUGUGGUUGCCCUAGCCGAGAUGCAUGACUUCAAGGCUGAACCCUCAGGUGUUGAUGUAGAAGGCUGGGUUAUCGAAUCUCAUGUUAAACAAGGAAUGGGAAACACAGCUACUUUCCUCGUGAGAAGAGGAACGUUGAAACCUGGAAUGUUUAUUGUGGCUGGCACCACUUAUGCAAAAGUGAGAUCUCUCAAGGACGAAUUUGGAAAGCCUCUCAAAGCUGCUGGACCAUCGACACCGGUCGAGGUCACUGGCUGGAAGGGAUUGCCAGAGGCUGGAGAUGAAGCAAUUGAAGCUAAGAAUGAAUCUGUGGCCAAAAAAGUGAUAGCCAACAGAAUUAAACGUGCAGAGCACAUGCGCGAGCACGAGCAGAUCACCGCUAUUAACGAGAGCAGAAGGGCAGAGGCAGAGCAAACCAGGCGUGCUCAGGAAAUCGAUAAGUAUAGAUCCAUGGGACUGCAGCUGGAUGAAAUCAGGAAAUUGGAACCUGACCUUUUCGAGGAAGAAGGAGUUAUCUGUAAGAAAAUUCCUUUUAUCGUGAAAGCUGAUGUUGCUGGUUCUGCCGAGGCUAUUGAAGAAAGUAUCAAGGGAUUGGGUAAUGAGGAAGUUCAGAGCCAAGUUCUGUUUAGUGGUGUGGGAGUCCCUACAGAUUCGGAUGUGGACCGAGCAAAAGUAGCCAAUGGCUCUAUUAUUUGCUUUAAUGUCAAUAUUCCCAAAGACAUAGAAGCCAGGGCCUCGAGAGACGGUGUUCCUCUGAAGAAGCACAAUGUCAUUUACCAUCUGAUAGAGGAUGUGAUCGAAGAACUGGUGCAAAACCUCCCACCCAAAUUUGAGCUAAAAUCGCUUGCUAAGGCAGACGUCAAGGCCAUUUUUGAAAUCACAGGAAAAAACAAAAAGGUCAAUUUAAUUGCCGGAUGCAGAGUCUCGGAGGGUGUUCUGAAGAGAAAUAGCACUGUGAGGGUAAUGAGGAAGGGUGUUGAGAUUUACCGGGGCCCAAUUACCGAGUUAAAGCACGAGAAGGAUAAUGUUACCGAUGUGAGAUCAGGAACUGAAUGUGGUGUAUCAUUGGGAACGUUUUCAGGUCUUCAAGAAGGUGAUGUUAUCGAGGCAUUUGAGAUGACUGCCUUGAAGAGGUUUUUGUGA